ACAGACCACAGACAGAGUGUCUGUUCGUGUCAGUCAUUCACAGACUGCUGCCUCCCUGUUUCUGUAGUCAUGUACGAAUGUCCAGAUCAGAUGUUGUCCAGAUGUCGGUCCUCACAGAGAUAGCAGUACGAGCCAAACACGGCCAGACAAGUGAAAGUGAAGGUUUGGAAGCAGCUCGUGUGCUUCCUGCUGCAGGGAGGGGCUCAGUAUAAAGAGACUCUCAGCUCCGACUGCUGCAGAUCCUCACAGACCAAACGAGGCUGGCAGCUCUGACUGCUGCAGAUCUACGAUGGAAGAGCAGCCGGAGACGACAGGUGUAGGGAGCUCUGUUGAUAAUGAUGCAGGUGGCCAGAAACCAGACCCUCAGCCAUCAGGCCCAGCACAGGGGGUCGAGUUAACCAAUCAGUUAACGAUUGGCUGUUCCAUGUUUCCAACACUGACACAAAGUGUCCUCGUAUCUCCACAGGCUGCAGCGCCACCUCCAGGGACAUGUCCACACUGUGGGGCCCAGCGUGUGGAGCCUGCGGCGGAGAUGACGGAAGAUUUUGAGUCUGCGCAGGCAUCAGUGGACCCAAACACUCUACAGGAACUCAAAUGGGAGAUGCAAAAAUGUCUCAAAGGUGAUGUACACAAAGACCAACUGAAGGACUGCAUCACCAAAUCAUCAGUCGACCAGCGCAAGCUUUUGUUGUUCUUCAGAGCUUGGAACGAUCAAGAGAAGAAAUUCAGUGAAGCAGGGAGAUCUUCAUCUUCAUCUUCAUCUUCAUCGUUCUUGAAACCAUUCAGAGUGAAAGUCUUCCCACUGGUCAGCGGUCAGACCUUUGGUGCUGAGAAGGUCAUACUGGAGAAAGUGGCGAGUAUGACAUUACAGGUGGUGAAUACAGGCCAGGAGGAAUGUGACAUCAUCAUCGUCUUCUGUCCAAUCAGAUCUCGUGCUGGAUCAGAUGUGCAGGCCGCCAUGAGAAGGGUUACAGGUGAUAAACCCGUCAUUCUCGUGCUGAUGCAUCACACCCGAGAUGUCGACUUUCCAGCUGAAGUAACAACCUGGUCUGAAAACUACCAGAAAGUCGAGCUGGAAGUUCACGUUCUGUUCCACGAGACUCAGCUGGGAUUGUUGGUCUGUGGAAGAAAUGAGCAGGCAGUUGAUCAGAUAAAGAAAGUGUUACACAAACACAGUAAAAUUAAAUACCUGCCUGGUUAAACUGAAAAACAUGAGUGAGCUGUAGAGUUUUCAGUGGAUUCAGUCUUCAGUCACCUUCAGCUGCUUUAAUUAAACAUUUGACUCUUUUUCCUGUGUGUGAAGUUGACUGUUCACUAAAUAAAAAAGCUGUUUGGACAGAUAAAAAUCUACUCAAUCAUC